AGCUGCAAAAUGAUUAUCUAUGUGGAAAGCAAAGCCUUUCUACAUAAAACCUUUAUUUGUGUUGUAUAUGCUCACCAGACAAUAGCAAGGAUUCGAGCGCAGAUACUUCACAUCCUCUAUGAAUUAGGACGAGAAGAACAUCAAUUCCGAUUAAAAUUCAGGAGUGAAUUUUUGCGUGAUGGCUUUACAGUUGAGGACUACAAGAUCCCAGACAAUGCUGUCAUCAAGAUGGUACCAAUGUCUAAAAAGCAAAAUAGUUAUGCUGACAUUAAAUCUCUGAGUGAAACAAGUAGCAGUGCUGACUUGGGUCAAGGGUAUAGUGCAGAUGUCAAACAAGCUCUAUUGAAAGAAGUAAAGAGGUUUGAUCAAAGAGAGAGACUCCUGUUUGAUUUCAAGGGAAUGCUGUACCUUCACUUCAUGGCUUCUUGUUUCGCAUUCCUCACCACUUACUGGUAUUCAGGCUUCUGGACGAUGCUUGUAUUCCUCUUUGGUACCUACAUGGUCCCUACCUUUACCAGAACUGGUGGCUUCAUAGGCAGCCAGAGUAUAUACAAAGUCUGGUUCUGUGUGAUAUAUGGAUUGGGGGCUCUGUUUAAUGCUGCUGCUUCUGUCUACUUCUGUGUGGUCGAAUGGAUCAGGAUUGUGAAUCAUGGGUGCAAGGAUUGGGAGUUUGUAGAUGAUUGCAGCCAUCAGGUGGUGUUUUCAGCAAUAUUCUUUGGGAUUCAUGGACUGUCCCUUUUGAUUGCAUCUAUAAUUGUAUGGGUGCUGUUCUGGAACUUCAAAAUGGAAUAUGGUGACUUGAUAGAGAAACAUCUGGUACAGACUAGAGACAUUGAGAAAGUGAUGGCAGCUGCUAGAAGCAGCAAGGUAAAAGAUCGUCGUAUUGCUGCAUAUGAAUUAGCAACACUAGCUUCAUGUGGAGAUGACAAUAAGUUCCGUAUAGUUGCGGAUGGUGGACUUGAAAUCCUGAUCAGUAUGGCUCUGUCUAGUGACACUGCCACCCAGGAACAUUCUGUGGAGGCCCUUUCUGAAAUGUUGACUGUCCCAGCUAUACAAGACACAUUUGUUGAGAUGGGAGGUGUGAAGACUCUGACUGCCCUGCUUCACUCUACUGAAAGGAGACUGAUCUAUGAGGCUGCAACUGCUCUGUCUUACAUUGUAGCAGACUCAGAAGAGAAUAAACAAGCAAUUGUGGCAGAUCACGGGCUCCAGGAUCUUUGCCACGCAGCUCGCCACAGCGACACUGAUACGCAGAGAAUAGUCGCAGGAAUCUUCCUUGAUCUUGCAUUCAAUCCUGAGAUCCGUGCCCAGAUGACCUCGAUGAACUCUCCAGCGAAGGCUAUGAUAGAGAUGUGUAGAGAUAGUGAGGAUACUGACACACUGAGGUUUGCCUUACAGACAUUGGAGCUUCUGGCCAUUGAGAGCCCAGAUAUGAUAUGUGCACAGGAGGAUCUGGUAGGUGUCUUACUGAACUUCCCAUCACGUUCAACAGAUGACAAACUCUACCUACUGGCUGGGAAGAUUCUACUUUACUAUGCUGAGAACCAACAGACAUGCGAGCAGUUACUACAGCAACCUAACCUGAAAGUAUCAUUAGAUCUCUAUGCUCGGACAAGGAGUGCCGUUCUCCAGAAAGUUGUCGCCAAACUUAUAUUCUGCUUCAUGGAAAACAAGGAGUUCAGAAGUCAAGCCAGACAACUGGAGUUGGAUGGUAUAUUAAAGUACAUUAAAGACAAUGCAGCUGACAGGGAGGCCUGGGAUAUGGCAGAUGAAGGCAUCAGGAUAAUGAAUGAAGAACCAUCUGGAGUACCCAAUCUGGCAACCAUGUCCACCUUGGAAAAAUUGGCCCAACUAGAGGAUGACAAACCCUCUUAUCUGAGGGAUAGAUUUGGCUCUCGAGGAUCUCUAAGCUCCAAGUCAUCACUCCGAUCAAUAGAUAAAAUCUCUUCAAAAGGAUCGGGAGAUGUCAGGAAAGGAAUAGACUGAAUCAUUAAAUCAAAAAUUCUGAUACCAAAGACUUUAGAAUAGCUUACAGUGGACUCCUACAAUGCAUGGACUCAGACUGGCUCCUCAGCUACAAUAUCAGCUGAUGAUCUGUACAUACCUUUCGCUUUCUGAAGGUGUGAAUUCCCCCAGAUAUGGAUAAAUUGAAUCCAAAGAUUAUAAAAUUUGACAAAUGUAGUGUUUACUAAAUAAUUUAGACAAGAUACCCAUGUAUUUUGACCAUUCCAGAUUUUUGAUUUUUCAAAAGAAGAAUGCAUGUUGUAUGAUUUUAUUGACCAUGUUACAUGUUUAUCCUCCGUCCACAAUUUAUUCAAAAAUUACAAAAUAUAUUUUAGAUGUUAUUUUUCUCGAUGAGGAUUUCAUAAUCAUGUACAUGUAUGUUUGUAUUACCAUUUUAAAGAGUCGUGCAUGAUUUCUGAAACCUCGUUAUUCAACUCACCUAAGUAAUAGUUCUUCGAAGCCAUAAAAUUAUAUAAUUAACACAUACGGUACUUUGUACAAAAUCUCUAAAUAAGACCCCAUAGAAUCCCCUGUAAAACCUUCGGUAGGAAACCCUAUUAGACUUUAUAUGGUUUCACUCCCAGAACAUCCUUAUCUCAAUUAAAUUUUUAAUAUUUAGGUUGAAUCAAAUAAAACGGUUUCAGGGAUCUUUUUAGCCUCUUUAAACAUAGAUGAUUACAAGCUGGACUUGUUCACAUUUAUGCAUGUUAAUAAGAUAUGAAUGUACAAAUAUAUUUUGUAGUGACUAGCCCUAUAAUUUGUAAGAUCACAAAAUUCUUAGAUGUGUGUACCAAUUUUAUAUUGCUAAUUAGGUAAGUCAUUAGUAUAGGCUAAAUUUUGUAACUGUGUUUAGUGAUAUGUACAUCAUUGAUAUUUGUUUGUCAAAUUUAUUUUUAUUCAUGCAUAUUAUUGCUUCCGUCCAAAAAAAGUAUUCCAUCGUUGUACUUUUGUACAUUUUACAGAAUCCUUCCUUGCCAGAUGUAAUAUGUAGAGUUGUAGGCUAGACCUAAC